AUGUCUUUAUUCGGUGGUGAAGAUGCCGUCAAUGAUUUCCUAAAUGAUGACUUGCGUAAUUAUGAUUUGCCUGGAGAAAAUGAAGAUGAAACACAAUUAUUUGAUACAAAAGAUGAAAAUCCCGAUGGUGUUAAACUUGAACGGAAACAACGCCUUGUAUGUAAUCCGAGAUUACGAUUAACCGUUGAAACCUUGAGUGGUCCUAGAGGCAUACAUACUAUAGAGGAUUAUUUCCAUAACAUCGGAUACAAAGGUAAAGGCUAUGAAAAGCAAGAUUUAGAUGAGAUAAUAAAACGUUUACAGCAUUGGGGACAUCUUACAACUAAAAGUCUACACGAACAAUUAAAAAGGAAUGAAACAUUCAGGAAUAAUUUGUAG